AUGACAUCGCGACAAGUGGCGCUCAACUUUGAGGCCUAUCUUCGUCGUCACGGUCGACUCACACACGAUGAAGAACUGGAUCUCAUGCAACAGGGUAUACCGCUGCAUGAACAUUACGGAUUGCAACCGGAGCAGUAUUUGCUACCACCACAACACUUUAUGCCCUGCAGAUUUAUCGAGAACUAUGACCUCACAGUCCAGUAUGGCGCACAUAGCUUGAGUAGCGCCCAACAUGCGCUCCUUACUCAACGAGCGGUUACGGGCAUGCUGCCGCCUAAUGCUGUGCCCACUGGCGGCUACCGCGAGCUCCAGACUCGGCCUCGAGCCGACAGUGCUGUUGCAAGCGUUUCAAGAGACAGCAAGCCACGUGUCGAGGAGCGAUCUGAACCCGCUUCGGAAAGUAUCACGCGCAGUAUAGAGCUAGACGAGGCUAUCAAGAACGACGUACCACUGAAGCGGCGGAGAAAGAGUGUCGAGCUAGACGAAGACUUCGAAGACGAGAUUCCACUCAAGCGACGCAGAAAAGAUCCAGCCCAGUCAACCACACCCAAGCUCAAGGUCAAGUUCAAAGCGCCUCCUCCUCCUCCACGAGCACAAGCAACCCCAGCACAACUCAUCACUUCAACACCUCGAAAACGCACAUCCACUCGUCCCAAGAACGGAGACGACAGCGACGAAGACUACCAACCACCCACCCGUUCCACCGCAACCACUCCCCUUCCGAACAUUUAUACCAACGCUUCCCUACCCUACACCACAUCUACCGCCCCAACAACCGCGGCAACCCCAACUCGAACACCAUCGAUCACCUCCUCGGGCCGGUCCAUCUCACCUGCCACUCCCCGCAACGCCCCUGUGGGUACGGUCUUCAAGAAUGGUACACGACCCAUCCCAGCAGAAAUCCAAAAUAUCAUGGCUGCAGUGAGAGAGAUCAAGAUCGGCAAGGAUGGUCUGCCGCAGCGAACAGGACUGAGAAACACGUUGGGAUUCACGGGACGGGACGGAGUGCUGAAGGCGACGAGUGUGCUGUGGCCUUGGUAUGGGGAUACGAGAGUCUUUAGUGAGCAGGAGUGGAAGUUCUUCGCCAGCAAUGAGGAAGGACGGCGGAAGAGGAAUGGGGGUCGAUAA